AUGGUGGGAGCUACCGAGGAGGAGGGCGUCUGCUCUCAUGGUUGUGGUGCUGAUGGAAUAGAGGCAUCCUCGCAAACUUCCCAAGGAGAUGAUGGACUGGAAUUUGAAGUUUUCUUAAGUUUUAGCGGGGCCGACACCCACAAAAGAUUCAUUGGCCAUCUUUAUGAUGCCUUGGUAGAAAGGGGCAUCUCUGCUUUCAUAGAUAACGUGAAUUUGGAGAAGGACGAAAAGGGGUUCACCGGCAGGCCACCCAACAGCGUGGUGGCCGCUGGUGGGUCGUGCCAGGACGGCUGGAAGCUGUCUUUCGCCUUCUGGGACGAAACAGAACCUAAAAAGCGCAUUUUGAAAAGGAUUAUGCUGGAAAUGAACCUUAAAUGCCGGUCCAUCUGCAAAUAUCCCAUAGAUCUUGAUUUUCGCGUAAAUGAGGUGAUGAUCGAACUGUUGGAUAGGAACGUCAGAAUGGUUGCGAUAUGUGGGAUAGGCGGCAUCGGGAAGACAACUCUUGCCAAAGCAGUCUACAACAGAUUAUUAAAGCAGCACAAUGUCCGUGAGAACUGUCCCCCUUUCGAGAACUGUUCCAGCUUCGAGAACUGCAGCUUCCUUGCAAAUGUACGCGAAGCAUCAAAGCAGUACAAUGGAAUCGUUGGCUUGCAGAAGCAGCUGCUUCAUGAUGUCCUUAGAUUAGAAAUACCAAUAAACAACAAGGAUGACACCAUCACCAUGAUCAAAAAACGAAUUGGAAACAAGAAAGUGCUUGUAGUUCUCGACGAUGUUGAUCAUAAAGACCAGCUCCAUGCACUGGUCGGCAGCCAGUCAGGUUGGUUCAGUGGCGAAAGCAUAAUCAUUGUCACUUCUAGAGAUGAAAGCAUCUUUAAGGAACAGCAGAAGGUCAUCUAUAGGGUUCCGGAAUUGGAUACUGCCCAAUCGCUUAAACUUUUCAGUCAGCAUGCGUUUAAAAAACCCGAGCCAAAAUCAGAUUGGAGAGAAUUGUCGGAGGAAGUUGUGUCAAUUGCUGGUGGGAUACCUCUCUGCCUCCAAGUAUUUGGCAGCCUCUUCUCUGACAUUAAAUCCGUUAAAGGAUGGGAGUCGAAGCUGGUGCAAUUGAAACAGGAUCAAAAUGAAGAAGUCCGUGUUAGGUUAAAAAUAAGCUAUGACAACCUUGAUACUAAAAAGCAACGCAUAUUCUUGGACAUAGCAUGUUUUCUUACUGGUUGGGAGGAUUGGGAGGAAGCUUACCCAGGGGAGUUGGAGAGAUGGGAAGAGAGGAAAGGAAAGAAAGAAUAUGCAAUGCUCAUGUGGGAAGGUUCCAGACUUUACCCAACUGAUGCAAUUGCAGAGUUGCAGCGUAAAUUUCUAAUCAGCAUAAAUGAUGAGCAUGGCUCAUUCGAAAUGCAUGAUCAAAUGCGAGACAUGGGAAGACAUAUUGUCCAGCAGGAGCCGGUAGCAACCAGUCGCACGUAUGCUGGACAAAUGGAACUUAGUGAUCAGCAGUGCCAACUUGACAUGAUGGCGGACUCUGGCUACUACUAG